AUGGCGUCAUUGUAUUCUCCACUGAAGAUACUGUGCAUCAACCCAGUGAUUCAGAGGUACCCAUGACUAGCCUUUUGCAGAGAUGCUUGGUCCUCCAUCCCUAUUCAUUGGCCAUGUGGGGAGGACCAUUGGAAAUGCAACUAUUCCAACGUUCAUCUCCUUCAUUAACCUUUGAAAGU